CAUAAUAUCAUCGUUCCGAAACGCCCUCCUAGAAUCCCGACCCUAAUGUUCGAGGUCCCUUUCAUCUCCGGCUCAGCCAGCGCACACCCUUUUUCUAGAUGUAGAAACAUAUCAUCGAUAAAUCAUGUAUUCUGACGACGAUGAUAAUCCUUAUUGUAACGGCGAGAUAGCUGCCGGCCCUGGCAGCAAGGACAUCUUUGUCCAACUCGUGAUCUCGGCAGCGCUAGGUAUCUCAGCCUUUAUCGCCUUUUGUAUCCUCAGACCUCGGUGGACGACGCUGUAUGCUGCCCGAAAACGACAUAGCGACCCUCAAAUUGCUUUACCUGUACUCCCCGAUAGCUUCUUUGGAUGGAUACCCGCGUUAUACAGGGUGACAGAAGAGCAGGUGCUGGCAUCUGCAGGCCUGGAUGCCUUUGUGUUUUUAUCGUUCUUCAAAAUGUCGCUUCGCUUGUUCGCUACAAUAUUAUUCUUCGCUCUUGCUGUCCUUUGGCCUAUUCAUAAUACCUUCGAUGCCGGGACAACUACACCUCCCGGCAAAACGCCUGGAAACCACUCAUUCUAUAUCGACCUGUUCCAAAUACCCGAUUCUCAUCUUCCAACAAAUCUUGGACAUAUCUUGGAAGACUCCGAACCCGAGGAUAAGAGCUGGAGCUAUUUAUGGGCAUACAUGGUUUUCACCUGGUUCUUCUCCUUCCUCACGAUGUAUUUCAUGAAUUCCGAAACCAUUAAGGUGAUCAAGAUAAGGCAAGAUUAUUUGGGCACUCAGUCGACAAUAACCGACCGAACGUUCCGAUUGACGGGGAUACCGGAAGAUAUUAGAACCGAGGAGAAGAUCAAAGAUUUUGUAGAAAAUUUGGAGAUUGGACAUGUCCGAAGUGUCACCUUGUGUCGCAACUGGACUGAGAUUGAUGGAUUAAUGACUCAGCGAGAGGUACUUCUUCGAAAGCUAGAGGAAUCAUGGAGCGCUUACCUAGCGCGACGACCAGCGACUGCGCUAGUAUCUGACGAUCAACAAUCAGAAAUCGCAGACGGUAACAUCCAAGAGAGUGAGAAUAACGAUGAAGAGUCGCGGGAAAAUGGACGUCUUCUCGCUAGCAGCGGUCUACGAGACAUUCUUGCUGAAAGAGCGAGGCCAAAAAUUCGACUUCGGUUUGGCUUUUUGAAGUUGCGAAAUCGCAAAGUUGAUGCUCUCGACUACUAUGAAGAGAUGUUACGGCGCCACGACGAGAAGAUUCGGGAAGCAAGAAAGAAGGAGUACCCUCCAACAGAUUGCGCGUUUGUCACGAUGGAUUCUAUUGCCGCCUGUCAAAUGGCUGUCCAGGCCACCGUUGAUCCUAGACCGGGGCGAUUACUAACCAAACCAGCACCAGCCCCAUCAGAUGUGAUAUGGAAGAAUACCUAUGCUCCGCGAUAUAAGCGUCGAUUGCAGUCUUGGACAGUCACCGUUUUUAUCACAUUUCUAUCAAUUCUUUGGCUGUUGCCAGUAGCGGUGCUGGCGUCACUGCUUAAUAUCUGCACCAUUGAGAAGAUACUGCCCUCCUUAGCUGCUUUUCUGGAGCGUCAUGAUAUUACUAAGGCAUUCGUGCAAACUGGCUUGCCUACGUUAGUAGUCUCGUUGCUCAACAUCUUGGUUCCAUAUCUCUAUGAUUACCUAUCAAACAUCCAGGGCAUGGUGUCGCAAGGUGAAGUUGAGCUUUCCACAAUAUCGAAGAAUUUCUUCUUCAUAUUCUUCAACAUUUUCAUCGUCUACGCAGUCUCGGGUAGUGCAGCGCUAUCGGAAUUCUGGACGAUAAUUAGUGACUCGUUGAAAGAUACGCGUACUAUUGCGAGCAAUAUAGCCGGUUCAAUCCAGGACCUAAACAGCUUUUAUCUCAAUUUCAUCAUGCUCCAAGGCCUUGGCUUAUUCCCAUUCAAGCUUUUACAGUUCGGUAGCAUAUCACUCUACGCGAUCUACCGGAUGGGAGCCAAGACGCCUCGAGAUUUCGCCGAGCUUGUUCAACCAGGUCUCUUCAACUACGGAUUCUAUCUUCCAACUGCGCUACUUGUAUUCAUCCUUUGCUUGGUUUAUAGCAUUCUCCCCGGCGCACAUAUCGUCUUGUUCCUUGGUAUAUGCUAUUUCACGCUUGGUUACUUUGUUUACAAGUAUCAGUUACUGUAUUCGAUGGAUCAACCCCAACACGCCACUGGUGGUGCAUGGCCAAUCAUUUGUGGUCGUAUUAUUGUUGGACUCGUUGCUUUUCAGGUUAUCAUGAUUGCUAUUCUAGUACUGCAGGCAGCUUUCAUAGCCGCAGGACUUAUCGUGCCACUUUUGGUGUUAACUUUUUGGUAUCACUUCUACUCUCGACGCCGCUUUACCCCACUCACGAGGUUCAUCGCGCUCCGAAGCAUCAAGCGGGCUACUGAUCCCGGCCUCGGAAGCCGCCCUGACCGAGACCCAGAGCAGAUCCAACGGCAAACUAGAUUGUCGAGGCGCAUGAGCACCAUAGACGAAGAUCGGGAAAAGGGGAUGAGGUUUAUAAAUCCGAGCCUCGUCAUUCCCCUAGAGCAACCUUGGGUUUACCAAGAUCCGCCACCACUUCUCGAAAAUUCGUCUGUUGACUCUAACACGGGAAGCAUAAGCGGGAAUGGGAGUAGUCAGGCGGCGACGCCGCUAAGGAAUAAUAACGGGUUGGGAAGCGUUGCUAGUUCUUUUAGUCUAGGAGAUACCCACGUUUGGAGGGACAACGGUGAUGACAACGUGUAACGAUAGAAUUAGAUAUCCCAUGCGCCUACGUAUUUUACAUAAUAAUGAAAUUGGAAGACUUGAUGCGUUA